ACCUGAGAAUUCAGACGCCCAGUCACCAACAUGCAUCAUCAUACACAGCUCUACCCUUUCUGUCCUAUACUGAAUUACACCAUUGAUCCUCAUUAUUGCUUUUCAGUUCUACCUCUUCUGUCCAGUUUAAUGUGUUGAGCUGAGCAGGGAGAUAUUUGAUGUGCCUCUAUUUUAUGAUCACAUUCCUGCUACAGGUCGUAAAAUGUGCCAGUCGUAUAAUGCACACACAGGGUUUUGGCACAUAAAUAGCUUUUACAAUGUCGGUAAUUAAAUAUGACAAACUGUUAGUGGUAAUGAUUGCCUCACUCACAUCGCGAAGCUAGAUUCGCUGAUGGGGUGAUUGUGGCUUCAUGAUGAUGUUUACGUUGGCCGAGCAUCUCCAAAUGGUUUGUGACUGAAAGCUUGGGAGAUAACGCAGUCCAAAUAUGGCUUCAUGGAUGAGUGAACCAAAUUAAGAGAGCAGGCAGAGGAGAGACAGACAGAGAAAAACAGGAUGGAUGGCGCACAGGUGAAAAGGUUAGAUGGGGAGACAGGGUGAUAAUGACUCAGGGGAGGGUGGAGGGCGACGAGGUCAUCGCCUUGGCCCAUCUGUUGUUGUCAACCUGAAGUUUAAUUGACUGAGUCCAAACUGUGUGGAUCCACCCACUUUUUGUUUCUGGAAAACAGCAGUUUGGCUGAGCAAACAUAAUUUACCCGACAUUACGCUGAUGUAAGAUACAUCAUCGUCUGCAAAUGAUCAUUUGUUGAAAACCUGAUAUCAUAUCAGAUUGAUAUAUUCAUACAAGUGAUAAUUUCCUUCCUGACCUCAGCAAACCAAAUUAUUUGUAAAAAAUAAGAUUAUUAUUAAUUUGUUUUUAUUAUUUUAUUUAUGCAAAUGAAACAUCAUACCAGAUGCACUAGAUUUCCCUGCUACUGAAUAAGUUAGCCUCCUUGACCUGUGGAGCUACAAACUAGAUCUAAAAUUAAUCACAGUCAAUUAAUCGCUUAAGUAGUUUUUCAACCAAAAAUGGUCCAACAGAACAGAAAAUUGACAGGUUUGAGGAAAUUGUGAUGGGCAUUUUUCACCUUUUCUUGAUGUUUUAUAGAUCAAAUGAUCAAUCAAGACAAUUAUUGUCAGUUUAAUUGAUAAUGAAAAUAAUCGUUGGUUACAGACCCAACUUCAAAUCCACCAAAAAGAAUUUAAUUAGCCUGAGUUUCAGUUGAAAAAUUAUGCAUUUUAAUUUUUGAUGAAUUGAUUCCUUUCAAGCUGUUUAAAUAAAAGAUGUUUCCCUCUGAGCACAAAAUAUUUUAAUUUCAAGCCUUAAAAAUGUAUCUGCUUAAGCCAAACUGAAUUGAACUGAAAUCCAUUUUUAGUAUUACACAGCAGCUUUCCUUCAAAACCAGCUCUCAAUACUUUCUGGCAAAUACUCUAGUAUCUGGUCCCAAGCCCAUUUGUUCCCAAUGAAUAUGUAAAUCUUUGAAAACAAGUCACAAAUGCAUAGUUUUUUUGUUCAUUAAUUUCCUAAAGCAGCUGGUCACUAUAGUGUUUUUAUAAACGUUACUCAAACAGUAGGAAAUGGUGCAUAAGAUGAGGACUAUUUUCCAAGGCGGAUUAAUCUACAUUUGGUGCUCCAGUGAGUAUUUGGGGCAGCAGGAUGGCGUGUGAUGGAGUCAAAAUAAACUACAGUGUGUGUUCAUGGUGAUGAAGGAACAUGUCACCCAGAGCAACAGUGUGACUCACUGAUGGGUUUUUAAUGGUUUAUGAACAACAGUGGCGCAACUAUGGCUCAGAGGAAGAAGAUAUCAGGAUUUGGUUUUAGUCUUUUCAUGGGAUUUGUUGACAAUAUGAAAAGUAUAGAAUAUCAGCAGACUCACAUUUUAAAUCCAACAGGCAUCAGAUUUCCCUUUCUUAGUUGAAACUCUGACUGAGUGCUGAAAGCAUUACUCUUGUCUCUACCGUAUUCUCCAGGGGAAGCGCCAAGGUCAUGAUCGACUGGCCCAAUGUGACAGCGUCCGGCCGCCAGGAGCUGGGCCUGAAACCUGAGGAGCUGCAGAAGUCCAAAUGUGUGCUGGGCUUCAUCCCUGUCAUCUACUACAGCAUUCUACUCUGCGUGGGAGUACCAGUGAACAUCCUGACGGCGGUGGCCUUGUCCAGACUGGCGUCCCGCACUAAGAAGGCUCUGUACUACUACCUCUUGGCAGUGACGGGCUCGGACAUCCUUUCUCAGCUAUUCAUCAUCUUCGUCGGCUUCCUGCUAGAGACGGCGGUCUUUCACCGUGAUGUCCCUGCACUCCUGCUGCACUCUGUCAGCGCUGCAGAGUUCGCCGCCAACCACGCCUCAAUCUGGUCCACCGUACCCCUCACCGUGGACCGUUACGUGGCACUGUGCCACCCCCUCCUCCACCGCCAGAUCAGCUAUCCGGCACGGGCCAGGAAGAUCAUCGCAGUGGUCCUGAUGUUGUCGCUGGCGUCGGGCGUGCCUUUCUUCUGGUGGUCGGACAUGUGGAGGAACAGCCACCCGCCCACGGCGCUGGACACCGUCCUCAUAUGGACACAUGUAACCAUCAUCUACUUCCUGCCCUGCAGCAUCUUCUUGGUGCUGAACUCUUUGAUAAUUCAGACGUUGAGGGUGAGGCAGAGGCAGCAGCGUUGCCAGGAGGAGUGCGGGCCAAAGUCGGCACCUCCACGGCGACUUGGGAAAACCACAGCCAUGCUGCUGGCCAUCACCUCUGUGUUCUCUGUGCUGUGGGCCCCCAGGACAAUCGUGGUCAUCUACCACCUGUACGUUUCCUCAGUUCACAGAGACUGGCGGGUCCACUUGGCCUACGACCUGUCCAACAUGCUGGCCAUGCUCAACACCGCUGUCAACUUCUUCCUCUACUGUUUCGUCAGUAAGCCUUUCCGUGGAGCCGUGCGUGACGUCGUGCUGCUCAGGGGGGGCCCGCUGUAUCCUCGCCGUGCGCUGCCACAACAGCAGGCCCCCACCAAUGCCUCCAUCUCCUCUCUGUACAGUGGGAACAAGCAUCGCUCACAGCGUGACUCCACCCCCUUGUCACCUCGCAGGGCCAGAAAGCCCUCGUGA